AUGCAGGUCAAGCUCACACAGGACAGAGAGAACGAGCAGUGGAAACUCCACUCUGCUGGUUCCCAUCCCAACCUGUAUUUUAACCAACUGGAUGUGUCGCAUUUGAGGCAAAGGUCCUCCACCACCCACAGUCAUAUAUUUAAAGUUAUCCGAGCGGCUGUGCUCACUAUGCUGUCUAACGUCCCCUUUUACAUGCCUCCCGUGAAACAUGAGGAGUUUACUAGCAAGUGGAAUGAGAUUUAUGGGAACAAUCUGCCUCCCCUUGCUCUCUACUGUCUGCUGUGUCCCGAGGACUCUGCGGCCCUGCAGUUUCUUAUCAAGUUUAUGGAUAGAAUGGCAGAAUAUCCAGACUGGAAGGUGACCAGUGCACCUAAUGACGAGGUCCCCAUGGCGCACUCUCUCACUGGGUUUGCCACUGCUUAUGACUUCAUGUACUCCUUCUUGGAUGAGCGCAGAAAGGAUGUUUACCUCAAGAAGAUUCGCUCUGAGACAGAGGCGCUGUAUGAGCUCUCCAAGUACAGAGGAUGGGGGAAGCAAUAUCUCCAAAAUCAUCAAACCACUAACAUAUUAGCUAUCCUGACUGGUGCAAUAGUGGUGGGAUCGCACAACGACCCAGAGUCAAUGAUCUGGAAACAAGUGGCUGUGAACUACAUGGAGAAAACAAUGUUCCUUCUCAAUCAUAUUGUCGAUGGGUCGUUGGAUGAGGGAGUGGCCUACGGAAGUUACACGGCCAAGUCCAUCACACAGUAUGUCUUUUUAGCUCAGCGUCAUUUCAACGUCGACAACACGCAGAACAACUGGCUGCGGGAACACUUCUGGUUUUACUACGCCACUCUGCUGCCGGGCUUUCAGAGAACCGUCGGCGUCGCAGACUCCAACUACAAUUGGUUCUAUGGGCCGGAGAGCCAGCUCGUUUUCCUCGACACGUUCAUCAUGAGGAACGGGACGGGGAACUGGCUGGCGCAACAGAUUCGAAAGCACAGACCCAAAGACGGCCCCAUGGGACAGUCCUCCGCCCAGCGCUGGGCUACGCUUCACACGGAGUACAUCUGGUAUAAUUCCCAUCUCACACCUCAACCGCCCCAUGACUUUGGCAAAGCGAGAAUGCAUGUUUUUUCAAACUGGGGCGUGGUUACCUAUGGAGCAGGGCUUCCCAAUGGGCAGAGUAACACCUUUGUCUCCUUUAAGUCGGGCAGACUGGGCGGCCGUGCAGUUUAUGACAUUGUCCAUGACAAGCCUUACUCCUGGGUGGACGGCUGGAACAGCUUUAACCCCGGGCACGAGCACCCCGACCAGAACUCUUUCACUUUUGCUCCGAACGGACAGGUGUUUGUGUCCGAAGCACUUUACGGUCCAAAGUACAGUUAUCUCAACAAUGUUCUGAUAUUCAGUCCGUCUCCCACCAGCCAGUGCAACAGUCCAUGGGAGGGUCAGUUAGGGGAGUGUGCUAAGUGGCUGCGCUGGACUGACGAUGGUGUGGGCGAUGCCAGAGGGGAAGUGAUCGUUGCCUCCUCACAUAGGGACACAAUGUUUGUGAGUGGUGAAGCAGUGUCAGCUUACUCCCCUGCCAUGAGACUAAAGAGUGUUUUCAGAGCCUUGGCUCUACUCAACUCACAGACAUUGCUCGUGCUCGACCAUGUGGAGAAGUGGAGCGAUUCGCCUGUGAAGUCUCUCAGCGCUUUUUUCCACAAUCUUGACAUUGACUUCAAAUACGUUCCCUUAAGAGUCAUGGACAGAUACAACGGGGCGAUGAUGGAUGUGUGGGACGCACAUUAUAAAAUGUUCUGGUUCGACAGCCAGGGUCACAGCCCCGAAACCAGGAUACAGGAAGCAGAGCAGGCAGCGGAGUUUAAAAAGAGGUGGACGCAGUACGUCAACGUCACUUUUCAAAUGACAGGCACAGUCAGCAGAGUCGCAUACGUGCUACACGGGCCGUAUGUCAAAGUGUCCGACUGCAGAUUUAUAGAUAAUAGCAAAAACGGAGUGAAGCUGUCUUUAACUAUAAAUAACACAGAAAAGAUUGUCUCCAUAGCUACGAACUAUAAAGACAUUGGAGCAAGGUUGACGUACUUGGGAUUUGGCGGUCACUGUAAAGUUGAGGAUAGAUAUCAAAUCACUAGGUACGGCCUCGGGACGCAACUCAUCCCUAAGCAUAUCAGUAGUGAUAAUCAGCUAUUUGACAUUGGAUUUACGGUUAACGUAAUUGCAGGGGUUGUUCUCUGUGUGGCCAUAGGAUUUCUGACCAUGCAGAGAAAGUUUUAUGUUUGCUUCAGCAGGCUGAUGCGCUACGCCCUCCUCUCUGUUCUCAUUCUGUGGAUCGCAGAGCUCCUGUUUGUGUCUAACAGCUGUGAUCAGCUUCUCUGCGGGGUAAAAUGGAAAGGUGCGGGUGCCAAAAGUGAAGUAAACAAACAAAUCAGGUUAUACGAGCAGCACAGGUUCCCCCUCCCCACGGUUGUCAUAACGACCCUCCCUGGAUCGGGGUCGGACAUACUCAAGCACCUUUUCUACAACAGAUCGGACUUCGUUUACAUACGAGUUCCCACUGAGUACGUGGACAUUCCCGAGAGUGAGUUUGAGUUUGACUCGCUGGUGGACGCCUGCGAGUGGUCAAGGACAGACGCAGUGCAUGGACGGUUUAAAAUCAUCCAGGGCUGGCUGCACUCGCUGGUGUACAACACCAAGCUGCACUUGCAAAAUAUUCAGCUUGCAGAGGGUAGCAGGGUCAAACUGCCUCAGAGAGUCAGCACCUCUAGGGACAGAAAGAAACGGUCCAGACGGAGAGAGCCAACGUCCGAGCUGAAGAGCAAGCUGAGGGCCAGUUUGGACAGAGAUGCUGAGUGUGUCAGGGAGAUGAGGCGCCAUGUUGCAGAGUUCCCAAAUGCGCGAUUGGUCCUCAACAUGCGGAGUGGAGGCUGGACGCUUAAACUGCCCUUCAUUCAGGAAGUGGUGGGACCCUCCCUGAGGACAAUCUAUUUGGUAAGAGACCCACGAGCGUGGAUUUAUCUCAUGGUUUACAACAGCAAACCCAGCCUGUACACCCUCCAGAACAUCCCACAGCACCUGUCCUUGAUAUUCAAGGAGGAUCCUAUUAGUUACGGGUGCCCCGCUGUCGCCCCGGAGUUUAAGAUAAUUCAGAGGCUGCUGUCCCGCUCAGAGACAAAUCCCAUUUUGAUUCUGGCCAAUCUGUGGCUGGCUCACACCGCAGCGGCGCUGAGGGUCAGCGAGAGCCUCCCCGUGGAGUCCUACCUUCAAGUGAGGUUCGAGGACGUGGUGAACUUCCCCCAGGAAACAGCAGAGACGAUACACACGUUCCUGGGCGUGCCCGUGUCGCCCGAAGCGCUCAAUCAGCUCAUAUUCACCACCUCCACAAACCUGUACAAUCUGAUGUACGAAGGGGACAUCUCCCCAGCCAACAUCAACAUCUGGAGACAGAAAAUGCCUCGAAAGGACAUCAGACUGAUAGAGGAUGUGUGCGGGGGUGUGAUGAAGAGGCUGGGUUACACCAGGUUUGCCAGUUAA